CUUUGACAUAACGCGCUGCGUUGACCGCGCAUGCGCUGAUUCUCCUCAAGGGUUCGUGGCGCUCACAACACGCCGCUAUUUCUCAAUGUUGAUGUUAGUUGUCUGCAGUCAGCUGGUUGACCUGUUGGCGUCACCGAGGCUUUAAUAGAAUGAGACGCGCCGACGCGGAGGACGAACCUGCAGUUUUCCGACGGGUCGUGUUGAAGAACGCCUCGCCGUACCACUACAUGAAGGUCCGCCUCGCUCUGGAGGAUGAGUCGACCAGACUGAGUGCAGUUGAGCUGAAGCAGUUCAUCGUCACAGGUCUGAGCAGCCUGUAUGGAGAGGUGGGAGCAGCGCUGACCUUUGACCUGCUGAAGUACGAUGAAGACACCCUCACUGCUCUUCUGCGUGUUUACAGCAAGGGUUUGGUGAAGCUGUGGAGCUCCCUGACUCUGCUGGGCUCCUACCAGAACCAGGACUGUGCCUUCAGGGUGCUGCAGGUGUCUCCGUUCCUGCUCGCGCUGACGGGAAAUAGUCGCGAGCUGCAGCUGGACUGAAGGAGGAGGAGGAGCUCCUCUUCUUCAAGAUGACUUUCAUUUGGAGCAGCAUCCUUAACAACCCGCGGCUGCGCCUCGCUCCUCCUUCCCGCCGGCUGCUCCACGUCGGCCAGCGAGCCUCCCUCACCAAAGCGUUCUCCGCCCGCGACGUGCAGCUGUUCGCCGAGCUUACGGGCGACAACAACCCCCUCCACCUGGACCCGGCCUACGCCAGCACCACCUCCUUCGAGGCGCCCAUCGUCCACGGCGUCCUCAUCAACGGCCUGAUCUCGGCCGUGCUCGGCACCCGGAUGCCCGGCCGCGGCUGCGUCUUCCUGUACCAGGAGAUCCGCUUCCCGGCGCCGCUCUACGUCGGCGAGGAGGUGCUGGCCGAAGCCGAGGUCCGCAAGAUCAAGAUGUCGUUCGCCUUCAUCGCCGUGACGUGCUCCGUCAGGGACAAGGUGGUGAUGCAGGGGGAGGUGAUGGUGAUGAUGCCCGAGGAGCAGCAGAAGAAGGAGUGAGCGGGGGGAGGAGGUCAGAGGUCAAAUAUCUCGCCGUCUCUCCAGAUAUUUUUUUAGUUUAUUGAUCAUAUACUUGACUGAUGCAAACAGGAAGUGCGUCUGCACAGAGACGUUUAAGCUUUGAGGAUUUUAUUUUUAUGUUUAGUUUGUCAGAUCUGCUCUCUACUUUCUUCAAUGUGUGAAAUAUGUGGAAUAAAAUCUCUUGAGUUCAGGU